AUGGAAACUGAUCAGCGCACAUUAUUCAUUGAACAAACGAAACGUGAACGUGAAACAAGACAGCAUCAGAAAGAGAUCACAACUACGGUCUAUGCGAUCCAGGCUGUUGCACGAGGCAUUUUACAAAGACGCAAGUUCGCGAAUCUGAUAAGGAACGAUUUUGAUCGUUUAUUCGGAGAGUUCGUCGAUUUUGAAAAGGAUAAGAAAUUACCGGAAUGCAAAGAAACUCUUCGUAUCGCACUCAUUUUCAGUCGUAUUGCAAAAUUUCCAGAUGAUACCAAGAGUAUGUCUUCUACAAGUGUGCAACAUUCGUUCGCGGCACUUUUCCUAUCCAAGAAUCACAUCCAGCCCGCGAAUCGCCUCAUCACUUCACUGUUCACAUUGAUUCCAGUGUUCGCUUCUCAUCUCGAGAUCGAAAAGGUGGCAGAUGGCAAAGCGAUAUCAUUGUUUGUGCAUUUUUUGGUGACGUUUUCGAGUUGUAACAGUUGGGCGUUGGUGCGUGAGAAUGCGCAAAUCUCAGCAGUACUCAAUCAGAUGUGCAACAAAACACUUUCGUCGAGUAUUUCUGAGCCGAAAAAUUUCAUCAGUUUAACGGUUCGUUUUUUUAAAUUUUCAUUCGACUGA